AUGGGUUGUGCUGUAUCAUGCGUGCACCAAACAACGAUGGCGUUGUUUGGUAAGCAUUCCAACCCAUCCAACAGCGACCAAGACGCUCGAGUUAAAUUAGAAAGGAAGUUAUACUUGGCUAAAGAAUCCCCGGAAUCUGACUUCGAUUUGUCCGAUUGUCAACUCCAAAAAUUACCCUCCGGCAUUUUCUGUAUCUGUAAAGUGUAUAGAAAAGAACAUUUAUUUUUAAACGAAAAUUAUCUGCGCUCUUUAGACGAUGGAGGGCAGUUAUCUGAUUUAUAUCUUCUUAAGGUUUUAAACUUAAGCUAUAAUAAAUUCUCUCGUUUGCCCAGUGAUAUUAAAUAUUUAGUGAAUUUGACAGAAUUCUAUGUACAAAACAACCAGCUCAAGUAUAUACCUGAAGAAAUACAGUAUUUACAGAAUCUGCAGAUUUUGGAUGUAUCUAAAAAUAGACUAAAAAAAUUGACUCCAUCACUCGGUAAACUGAAAAAUUUGAGGAGAUUAAAUAUUACUACCAAUGAAGAAUUAAAUGAAUUGUGCCCUGAAAUAUGUCAUGCAACUAACUUGAUAUCAAUUGAGUUGGAUUGUGAAAAAUAUGUGUAUCCCCCACCAGAGGUUAUUGCAAAGACCACUGCUGAAAUAAUGCAGUUUUUAUGCAACAAAUUGAAUAUUGAAUAUGUUGCACCCUCAGGCGAUCUUGAAGUUUUUAUGAUUCAGAGUCCAACAUGUUCCACAAAUGAUCCAUUUGUAAGACAACCUACAAUUACUUGGGAGGAGCAAGAGGCUGCUAUUACAGAGCAAGAAAAUAAAAUGCAUGAAGCAGCUAAAGAAAGAAGAGAGAAAUUUCUAACAACCGUGAUACAUGACCAACUUGUCCUAGAUACGGAGAUAUUAAAAGUUCAGGAAGCCCGAGAAACAGAGAGGCAGAAAUUGCUCAAAGCUAUUCAAGUAGAUGAAAUUGAAAUUGCUUGUUUGGUUGCUAAUUUUAUUGAAUCUGAAAGAUUGAACCCAGAAAUAGUACAGCAGCAGCUAGCCCAUGAACAAGCUGAACAUGAUAGGCUUCUUGAAAUUACGCGACAAAACUAUGACAAUCUGAGAAAGGCAGAAGUGAUGAAGGCAAUGGAAUCAUUGAUCAAAGAAGAUUAUUACAUUCAACAUUCUAUGAAGAAUUAUGAGAAUUCUAACAAAGACUUAAAGCAAAAUGUGUUGAUGGAGGAACUGGAGGGCAUGGAUAAAUUACAAGAAUUUAUAAAAACCAAAGAUGAAUCACGCUCAGUUUUAGUGGGCCAGCUUUUAGAAGAUCAUGAUGUUCAGAAAGCAGUAGUUGCAUCAUUAGUUGAACGAACAGAUGCAAGAAGCUGGAGUUUAAACCAAGAAAUUGCUUUAAUUUCUUCACAUUUAGCUAAACUUAGUAUAAUAGAACAAGAAAAGAAAAAACUACAACUUACAUACAAUUACAAUGAAUUGUUACACCAGAGAACACAGCUAGUGACAUUGCUUGAUGACCUUUUGGAUCAACAAAGCAUUAGAAGGAAACAGCUCAUAGAUACACUUAAGGAAAUGGAGCAAAAUGAUGCUGAUAAAACAACAGAUUUUUGGUUGAGAAACUACCAGAAAUUACUUGAUUCUGCACCAAAAUCUUUACUGAAUAUGGGAAAGCAGUUGGAUCCUCAAUUUGCGAUUUAUCUUUUGCAAGAAGGUGUCAUACAUUGUCUACCAUUUCUAGUAAAGUUCUUGUUUUCCGAAAAUGUAUCUUUGUUAAAUUUAACUUCGAAACAAUUGAAAGAAAGUGGAGUAACUUUGGCAAGUGAUAGGGAGGGCAUCCUGAGAGCUAUAAACUGUUAUGUGGGGUCCAAAACUCAACAGAGCUUUGACCCACCUCAGAAGCAGGAAGCACCUUCAUUACCUGUGCAAACAUCUUCUGAAGAACAAUUGUGUACUGGUGUAGUGAGUUCUACAGAUGUAGAAAGUUUAACAAUGCAAACUGAAUGUGUUAUUUGCAUGGACGAGAAAUGUGAAGUUGUAUUCAUACCUUGCGGGCACAUGUGUUGUUGUCAGGAAUGUGCCAAUAAAGAACUUGACAGUUGUCCUAUGUGUCGGGGUAGCAUUGAAAGAAAAAUCAAAGUUGUGGUUGCGUGA